GUAAUUGUUAAAAUAUAACAAUAUUCUGAAAUAAUUCUUUUCACAUUUAUUGUUUUGUAGUCAAUAACAAUAAUAAAAUGAAAUUAUACUUACAAUACUUACGUCUAGCAUAAUAAUUUUCAAAUAAAUCAAUUAUAUAACAAUUUAUUCUAUCUAUUGCAUUGGCGAAAAUUGUGGUAAUUGUUUUAAGAUAGAAAUUAAUAAGUGUAUUUGUUUUUGUGGCGUUUAUUAACCGGACUAAAAUGGAAGAAAUCGAAAGACUAGUAGCGAAAAUGUCAAUCAGUUCUUUUGAGGUGGAGUCCAUGCAUUUAGUAGAAGUAACUCAUGUUAUCAAUCCAUUAAACUUUUACGUUCGUCCGAUGAAGUAUAGACCCAUAAUUCAAGUGAUGGAGUACGUGGAACCAAAAACCAACACGAAAAGUUUCAAUGUUCAAGAUAUGGUCAUAUUUAAUGUGGCUUAUUCAUGUGGAGGUCGUAAGUACAUAAGGGGACGAGUAACUCGUAUAUCACAAAUUGAGAGUUUCCUGGCGUGUGAUGUAUUCGCAAUUGAUUACGGUUUUACGGAAAAACUAAUCCCCAUUGAAUAUAUGUGGGAAUGCCCACUACAAUUGGGACAUAUACCACCACUGGCUUGUGAUUGUCAACUAGCUAAUUGUUACCCUCUGGAUCUCGAAGGAUUUUCGUCGGAUACAAUUGAUGCGUUUAAAUAUUACGCUGGAAACGAACCUGUUCAAAUAAAAGUUUUAAGCAAAAAACCUAACAGGGUUCUGGUUGAGUUAGUAAAUUCUGCUAUAGAGAGCAUUUCGACGCUGCUUGCUAUGCACGGAUAUAUAACAUUAGGUCACUUUUGUGAUGCCGUGGCUUGGAAUCCUAUUGUGGGUGGAAAGAGUAUUUAUUUUAAUUUCAAAGAGCUCUCGGUUGGGGAAACGUUACAUGUGAGGGUUCAGUCGGGGGAUUCACUGAAUGGGUUUAAUGUUGUCGAAGUAAGCGACUACAAUAAGCACCUUGAAGAAAUUGGUGCCAUAACAUUUUACGCAAAGAAGGAUUUUUAUCUUUCGCCUUUACACUUCGUUCCAGGGAGAUUAGUCUGUGUCAAAAACGAUCGGGAGAAUAUAUUCGAAAGGGCAUUCAUUAAGAAGGUGACAAGACCUUAUAAAAAGGCUAUUGUGCAGCUCGUAGAUUGGGGAAGAGAUGAAGAGUAUCAUAUUGGAAAAAUGAAAUAUAUGCCUGCACAAUGCUUGAAGUCACCGGUUGUGUCUUUAUUAUGCAAAUCUGAUGAGAGUCAAGCCUGGGAUAAUGGUCUAGACCGUUUUUUGACGCCUGGCUUUGAGUUUAAUAUUACAAUUAAAAGUCUAGGAUACCAGUUCGAAUAUCCUAACACGGUUGAUAUAUCUCCUCUGGUAAUACCAGUUAAUGAUGAUGAUGAGGCCAGAGCUUUACCAGCUUAAUCUGAGCGAAUAUUGUUAUAAUAUAUUGUAUAAUUUAUUCUU